AAUCCCAAGACUGGUUUCAGUAAACAACGCGUGAGCAGUGGUCAUGCCCUGGUGCCGUGGUCCUGCUGAUAAAAAGGAGGCGUAAGAGGAGAUCUGUGCAGGACAAAGGAUCCCAUCCUGAGGUUAUCCACGCCACUUAUCAGCUAAGAUGGCACUGAUUCUGCUUGCCUUUCUGCUUGCUGCAAUCCCGGCAGCCCACAGCUAUCCUGCUACCUUCCAACACCUGAGUGAGGGUCACGAUUUGUUUUCUCUGACAGCUAACAGGACCUCCAUUAAGUUCCUGGCUUUGGGAGACUGGGGAGGUUUGCCUUACGCUCCAUACAUGACAUCGGUGCAAAAGACUACUGCUGAAGAGAUGAACACUGUAGCAGAGCAAAUGGGAGCGGACUUUAUUCUGGCCCUUGGUGACAACUUCUACUUUAAAGGUGUGGACAGUGUGGAUUCUCCAAGAUUUAAGGACACCUUUGAGGCUGUGUACACAGGGGAGUACCUGAAUGUCCCCUGGUACGUCAUAGCUGGCAAUCAUGACCAUGCAGGAAAUGUCAAAGCCCAGAUUGAAUACACAAAGAAAUCUGCAAGAUGGAACUUCCCUUCCUACUACUAUGAGCUGGACUUUCGCAUCCCUAACACAGACAAGACUCUGACCAUCAUCAUGCUUGACACCGUGAUGUUGUGUGGGAACUCCCUCGACUUUGAGGAUGGGCAGCCCAAAGGCCCCUUAAGUGCCGUAGAUGCCAACCGACAGCUGAAAUGGCUGAAGCAAAGGAUGGCUCAGUCCAAGGCGGAUUUCCUCCUGGUGGCCGGUCACUACCCGGUGUGGUCCGUGUCCGAGCACGGGCCCACCGCUUGCCUCCUGCAGUCAGUUCGUCCCCUGCUGCUCAAAUACAACGCCACAGCCUACUUCUGCGGCCAUGACCAUAACCUGCAGUAUAUUGAAGAGUCUGAAGUGGGCUACAUAGUGAGCGGCGCUGGAAACUUCCUGGAUCCGGAUAUCCGCCACUGGAACAAAGUUCCCAAAGGUUCUGUGAAGUUUUUCACUGGUAGUACGUCCACGUUAGGUGGCUUCGUUCAUGCAGAAGUCACGAAGAACAAGAUGAUGCUCACCUUCUUCCAGGCUAAAGGCACCUCUCUCUAUCGUGCCGUGCUCUCACCAAGGAAUGGCAAAUAAAUGACAAAGGAGCUUCACCUUUGCGUCCAAAUUUUGUUUUUUUAAACAAAUAUGUUAAGUCUAAUUUUCCAGAAUAAAUCAAUAUUUUGAAGGCAUACUUAGACUGAAUUUAUCUGAAAUAAAUGGCCUUUUCUCCAAGGCUAAGAGUUCUGUAUUAAUUGAAAUUGUGACAAAGUACAGCUGCCCAACAAUUUUUGAAUGAACAAAUUUCACUUUCUAAACAAUUUCAAUUUCUUGUUUGUAAUGACAAAACUGAAAAAAAAAGUCACAUUACUUGCAUUUCUGGCAAAUGGAGUUUCAAAUAAAGGUGGGUUAACUCAC